UGAUCGAAUCAACAACUGUGAUGCCCUUGAUGGAGAGAGAAAAAUUGUAAAAAGAAAUGUCGGUUGUAAAUAAAUGCUGUGGUCUUGAUCUCAGAAAUACCCGACUUUGGCGAUCGAUUGGAUUUUCAAUUGGAUGCAUUGCAUUCACAGGAUGUGGUUGGCUUGCUUAUGAAGUAUCCUUUCCACCAGACAACUUGGACACCUAUAAAUUGGUGAAAUUCACAAAUUUAAUUUUUCACACAUUAUUUAUCACACACAGAAACGCCAAAGACUAUAUUGUUAAGUGUUUAUGCGGAAUCAAUUUAAUGGCGUCAAUCAGCUGGCUCUUUGGAAUUAGUAGCAAAAAACUGCGGUUAACCAAAGUGGCACUGAAUUGGUUCGCAUGUAUUUUAAUUUUUUUCGCUUGUUAUCUGAUAACCGGAAUAUUUAACUGGAUAAGUACAAAAUCAGAGCAAUCAACUGAUGCGGUUGAACUCAUUUUCGAUAUUCUUCUUCAUAUUUUAGCCAUUGUAUUGGGUCUGGGAUUUUAUAUAACCGCUGCGAUAUGUAACAUUUCUUUGAAAGAAUGUUUAAAUGAGGAACGUCUUACAAGGAAAUGGCCGGCGGUUUGUCAAACAUUUUCGGCGAAAAAUGGCUACGAUUCGGAUAUUUGAACCGAAUGAUUGGAAUUUUGGACGAAAUCGUUUGAAAGUGUAUUAUUAAUUAAUAUUUGUGAAAUAAAUUCUCGAAAUUCUGAUACGUUCAAGCUCGGUUGGGGGGCACAAAAUAAUUAUUAGAAACAAUUACAGUAUUUUGAUCGACUGGCACUGGUUACAUGUUAUGUUAUAUGAA